AUGGCGGAACCCGAUGAUUUUAAAAUUGAUGAAAUUAACGGAUUAUUGACAAUAUUAAAAAAUAUCGAAUGGAGUGAUCCAUGGCUUGUGGGUUUAAUUAUUUUUCACAUAGGUGUUUCAAUGACAACCGUUCUCACACGAAAUCAUGGAAAUUUUCAAGUUGUUUUACUUUUAGUUUUGUUGAGCUUAGUUUAUUUUUCUGAGAGUAUUAACGAAUUGGCUGCAUCUCAUUUUAACUUAUUUUCAAAGCAACAGUAUUUCGACAGCAAGGGAAUGUUUAUAUCGUUAGUUUUCUCAACACCGAUUCUUUUAAAUUGUAUGGUCCUCGUGGCGAGUUGGCUGUACCAGUCGGGUCAGUUAAUGACCAAAUUAAAACAAGCCCAAUUGCAGGCUCAGUAUUUAAAACAAAAAAAAAUAUCAAAAGAAAAAGAUGGAGGAGAGAGCAAAUCAUUUUACAAAAAAGAAUUGAAUGAUGAUAAUGUUGAUCUCAUACAAAAAUUAAGGCAUAAGGGUAAAAAAUGUAAAAGCGUGUCAUAUGGAUCAUCAUCGACUAAAAUAAUCGAUUCGAAUGAUAAAUUGGAUAAAAAAAUAGACUGA